GCCUGCUGUCGGCCCUGGGGGCGGGACCGCGCGGCGGCGAGCGGGCGGGGGGCUCGUGGAGCGCGCGCCCCGCACCCGAGGGCUGCGGAGAGAUAUUUUGGGUGGCAGGAGGCCCCUCGUCAUUUCCGCCCGGCGGCUCGUCGUGCCGGGGGCUCCAGUCCCGCGCGCCAGGCGAGCGAGCGGGCAAGUUGGCUGCAGCGCUGCGCUGGCGGCUCCUUCGUUCCCCUCCUGCCGCGACCCUCGGCGGCUGGAGCCAUGAACUGAAGCCCCGCGGGACGCACACCCGGGGCUGAGCGGCGGAGGAGGCUGCAGCAGCGGCCGCCGCCAGGGCUGGGACCGAGCCGACCCCAGAGCUUUUGCCCGGCCGUCGCCGCUCCCACCGCGGUCGCCUCCGACGCUCCAGCCUUGGGACCGCCACACAAAAGCCGCCCUCUUCGCACCGCCCACCCCGGAAGGCUGCAGCUGGCCACCGACCCCACCUGAGAGCGCCUCGGGCUGCGGACUUCGCCUUCUGUCCGAGCUCCGCGUCCCACGCGGCACCGACCCCGCCGCCCAUGGCUCUGAUCAUGGAACCAGUGAGCAAAUGGUCUCCGAGUCAAGUAGUGGACUGGAUGAAAGGUCUUGAUGACUGUUUGCAGCAGUAUAUUAAGAACUUUGAGAGGGAGAAGAUCAGUGGAGAUCAGCUGCUACGCAUCACACAUCAAGAACUGGAAGAUCUGGGAGUCAGCCGUAUUGGCCAUCAGGAGCUUAUCUUAGAGGCAGUUGACCUUCUGUGUGCACUGAAUUAUGGCUUAGAAACAGAAAAUCUAAAAACUCUUUCUCACAAAUUGAAUGCAUCAGCCAAAAAUCUACAGAACUUCAUAACAGGAAGGAGAAGGAGUGGCCAUUAUGAUGGAAGAACCAGCAGAAAAUUGCCCAAUGACUUUCUGACCUCAGUUGUGGAUCUGAUUGGAGCAGCCAAGAGUCUCCUUGCUUGGUUGGACAGGUCACCAUUUGCUGCUGUGACAGACUAUUCAGUCACAAGAAAUAACGUCAUACAGCUCUGCUUGGAACUAACAACAAUUGUGCAACAGGAUUGCACUGUAUAUGAAACUGAGAAUAAAAUUCUUCAUGUGUGUAAAACUCUUUCUGGAGUCUGUGACCACAUCAUAUCCCUGUCAUCAGAUCCUCUGGUUUCACAGUCUGCUCACCUGGAAGUGAUUCAGCUGGCAAAUAUUAAGCCAAGUGAAGGGCUGGGUAUGUAUAUUAAAUCCACAUAUGAUGGCCUCCAUGUAAUUACUGGAACCACAGAAAAUUCGCCUGCAGAUCGAUGCAAGAAAAUCCAUGCUGGUGAUGAAGUGAUUCAAGUUAAUCAUCAGACUGUGGUGGGGUGGCAGUUGAAAAAUUUGGUGAAUGCACUACGAGAGGACCCGAGUGGUGUUAUCUUAACUUUGAAAAAGCGACCUCAGAGCAUGCUUACCUCAGCACCAGCUUUACUGAAAAAUAUGAGAUGGAAGCCCCUUGCUCUGCAGCCUCUUAUACCUAGAAGUCCCACAAGCAGCGUUGCCACGCCCUCCAGCACCAUCAGUACACCCACCAAAAGAGACAGUUCUGCCCUCCAGGAUCUCUACAUUCCCCCUCCUCCUGCAGAACCAUAUAUUCCCAGGGAUGAAAAGGGAAACCUUCCUUGUGAAGACCUCAGAGGACAUAUGGUGGGCAAACCAGUUCAUAAGGGAUCUGAAUCUCCAAACUCAUUUCUGGAUCAGGAAUAUCGAAAGAGAUUUAACAUUGUGGAAGAAGACACUGUCUUGUAUUGCUAUGAAUAUGAAAAAGGAAGAUCAAGUAGUCAAGGAAGACGAGAAAGCACACCAACCUAUGGCAAGCUACGACCUAUAUCUAUGCCAGUCGAAUAUAAUUGGGUGGGGGACUAUGAAGAUCCAAAUAAGAUGAAGAGAGAUAGUAGAAGAGAAAACUCUCUACUUCGAUAUAUGAGCAAUGAAAAAAUUGCUCAAGAAGAAUACAUGUUUCAGAGAAACAGCAAAAAAGACACAGGGAAGAAGUCAAAAAAGAAGGGUGAUAAGAGUAAUAGCCCAACUCACUACUCGUUGCUGCCUAGUUUGCAAAUGGAUGCAUUGAGACAAGACAUCAUGGGCACACCAGUGCCAGAAACCACACUGUACCAUACAUUUCAGCAGUCCUCUCUGCAGCACAAAUCAAAGAAGAAAAACAAAGGAGCUAUCGCAGGCAAAAGCAAAAGACGAAUUUCUUGCAAGGAUCUUGGCCGUGGUGACUGUGAGGGAUGGCUUUGGAAAAAGAAAGAUGCAAAGAGCUAUUUUUCACAGAAAUGGAAGAAAUACUGGUUUGUCCUAAAGGAUGCAUCCCUAUACUGGUAUAUUAAUGAAGAGGAUGAAAAAGCAGAAGGAUUCAUCAGUCUGCCUGAAUUUAAAAUUGAUAGAGCCAGUGAAUGCCGCAAAAAAUAUGCAUUCAAAGCCUGCCAUCCUAAAAUCAAAAGCUUUUAUUUUGCUGCUGAACAUCUUGAUGACAUGAACAGGUGGCUUAAUAGAAUUAACAUGCUGACUGCAGGAUAUGCAGAGCGAGAGAGGAUUAAGCAAGAACAAGAUUACUGGAGUGAGAGUGACAAAGAAGAAGCCGAUACUCCGUCAACACCGAAACAAGACAGCCCUCCACCCCCCUAUGAUACAUACCCACGGCCUCCUUCUAUGAGUUGUGCCAGUCCUUAUGUGGAAGCAAAACACAGCCGGCUCUCCUCCACAGAGACCUCUCAGUCUCAGUCUUCGCAUGAGGAGUUUCGCCAGGAAGUUACUGGGAGCAGUGCUGUGUCCCCCAUUCGCAAGACCGCCAGUCAGCGCCGCUCCUGGCAGGAUUUAAUCGAGACACCUCUGACAAGUUCGGGCUUACACUAUCUUCAGACUCUGCCUCUGGAAGAUUCUGUCUUCUCUGACUCGGCAGCCAUCUCCCCUGAGCACAGGCGGCAGUCUACACUUCCCACUCAGAAGUGCCACCUCCAGGAUCACUAUGGUCCAUACCCUUUAGCUGAGAGUGAAAGGAUGCAAGUGUUAAAUGGCAAUGGGGGCAAGCCCCGAAGUUUUACUCUGCCUCGAGAUAGCGGGUUCAACCACUGCUGUCUGAAUGCACCAGUUAGUGCCUGUGACCCACAAGAUGACAUACAGCCACCAGAAGUGGAAGAAGAGGAAGAAGAGGAAGAAGGGGAGGCAGCAGGGGAAAACAUAGGAGAGAAAAGUGAAAAUCGGGAAGAAAAGUUAGGAGACUCCUUGCAAGAUUUAUACAGGGCGCUGGAGGAAGCCAGUCUGUCACCUAUAGGUGAACAUCGCAUUUCAACCAAGAUGGAAUACAAGCUAUCAUUCAUAAAAAGAUGUAAUGAUCCCGUGAUGAAUGAAAAACUGCACAGGCUAAGAAUUCUUAAAAGCACUUUAAAGGCCAGAGAAGGGGAAGUAGCCAUUAUUGAUAAAGUCCUAGACAAUCCAGACUUAACAUCUAAAGAAUUCCAACAAUGGAAGCAGAUGUACCUCGACCUUUUCUUGGAUAUCUGUCAAAACACCACCUCAAAUGACCCACUAAGUAUUUCUUCUGAAAUAGAUGUUAUCACUUCCUCUCUAACACAUACUCAUUCAUACAUUGAGACCCAUGUGUAAGUGCAUUCCGACUUGAGGCCAUCUAGUACCUGUCGGUACCCUGAACAAGUACAUGAGGUAGUUUUUUAUCAAUGUGUUGAACUCUUGACAAGCUAUACUUUAAUGUUACCAAAUUAUAUGAAACAAAGCAUACAUGGUCACAUUACCACUGUCUUUAAUGAGCAUUUGUAUGUUUUAUAUGCAGUUAGUGCUCAGCUUAUGUUUACCAUGUGCAAAAUCAACAAUAUUUAAUGACUUCAAUUAACUUUUGCAAACACUUCUGGAUACAGGUGAUCUUCAAGUAGAAAAACCACAAAAAAAGUAGUUUUCUAUCUGAAGUCAUCUUUUCUCCCUUUAAGUUAAUUUUCUAUAAAUGAGACUUCAAACAGAAAUCAAUUUUUUCAGGUGCAGACAUCCUUGUGGGUGGGAAAGAAUUUAAACCUUUUUAUAUUUAUUAAAAUGUUCUAAGAGUUUUCUUAAACAUUGCACAAAGUUUAAUGCUGUAGUUUUAUUUUUGUGAAAUGUAGGUGCGUAUAAAAGAGUUAAGCAAACUAGAAGAGCAUCACCAUAAGAAAAGUUCAGGUAGCUAAUCUCCGUCUUAAUAGUCUAUUAACUUGUGUUAACUGGUUAAUGGAGGUAUUCCAAAUCUAUGAGAACACUGCAUGGUGUAUCAGGGCAAAGCUUUGUAAGAUGUUUUUGUAACUAAGACCAAAAUCGAAGAUAGAGCUGCUUUAUUUUCUUGGUUUAAAUCUUCCUUUAUUUUUGUAGUGAUGAAAUGCUGAUUGUGUACAGAAGAAUUUAAGAAUGGAUUUUUUAAAACAGACUUAACUCACCCAGAAAGGCAGCUAACAGCUAUACAUACAUGCAUACAUACAUACAUACAUACAUA